AAAGUAACAAUUUUAACCCCCAACGACAUUUUUAAGUCGGCGCCUAUGGCAUCGGUGUUUACUUUUAUUUUUACUGUCAGGUUAUCGAUUCCUUAAUCUUUCUAAUAAGCAGAUUAGUAUCUAUGUUUUCAUAAAAAUUAACACUCCUAACUGGCAUGCACAGUGUAAACAAAAUUAUUACUAAUUUACCACCGGGUCGAACCUAACCUCAAACUUAACCUGGGUUAACUUUUAUGCAGAGCCCCUUGAUUCACCUUGAAAUUUGCAAUCUGGUUUUAAUUAAUUGCGAACUUUUAUAUUUUUUUGGUGUAUAAUUGAUAUUAGGUCAAGAAAAAAUUAAUUAUCUGUCAAGGAUUUAUCAUCUCACGUUGCUGUCAAAAUAACACAACGAAAAUAAAAUUAUUGACUGAACGUUAACCUGAACCGCUUUAGCAAUUACUAGUGAAUUAAUAGUGCCCUACUUUACUCAUAAUCCAGAAUUCUCACCGUCUUGUCCAGAAAUUAUUAAUAGAUUAAUAAACAUAACCUCAAACCUAACCUUCACACUUCCUAUUUUCAUGUUCCCACGAUGGUCCCCGCAGACUUUUGUUCGUUCAGAAAAUCCUGCGAAUUGACAAUCUCUAGCACAAAGUAACCACUUCAAAGAGGUCGCCCCCCUGCAGCCUCAGCAUGUUCGGCACUCUCUCCCACAGCGUCUUCGACACUGAAAUCAAAAUCGAGCCCAUCAGCUUCUACGGCUGCACCAGUUCAGAGGGCGAGGAAAAAUCGGGCGCCCCCCAGGACGCCGUAUGUGCCUCCCCCGCCCCCGCCGAUUACUUAACCCUCACGUUGCAGGAACCCUGCAAGAAGCGCAAACCGCAGACCUGCAAAAUAUGCGGCAAAGUCCUGUCGUCCACUUCCAGCUACUACGUCCACAUGAAGCUGCACUCCGGCAACAAACCCUUCCAGUGCAACCAGUGCGAGGCGUGCUUCUGCCGGAAGCCGUACCUGGAGGUGCACCUGCGUACCCACACUGGCGAGAAGCCCUUCAAGUGUGACGUGUGCGAGAAGCGCUUCACGCAAAAGUCGAGCCUGAACACGCACAAAAGGGUGCACACGGGGCUGAGGCCCUACGGGUGCGAUUUGUGCGAGAAGAAGUUCGCUGUGAAGAGUUACCUAGUGGCCCAUCGGUGGUCGCAUGUGUCCGAUGGGCUGUCUUGUCCUGAAUGUAAUGCCGUGUUUAGUACCAAAAGUCAGUUCGUGCAGCACGUGAAGAGCCACAAUAGUCGAAGGGGGUUCGUUUGCGGCAUCUGCCAGAGGCGGUUUGUCCGGGAUUCGUAUUUAAUCAGGCACCAGAAUAAGGUGCACAAGAAUAAUAGUGCUUGAUUUGUGAUAUAUUUUUUGCUUUUUUUAAAUAAAAGUGUGAAUCUUG